AUUUUCUCAAGAAUGUUUUCUUCAAAACAUCCAAACAGACACUUAGAAAUACGAAAUAUAUAAGCCACUGCUCUCCGACACACCUUGAUGUCAAAACCCAAAAGCGAUCGAUGUGCGGGAAAAACUGCGGCUUUGGCAUUCGGUGAGAACAGGCGAGCAUGCAGUAAAGAAGAGGAAGCUUCAAUCUGUUUGCUAUCAAAAGCUUGAACAGUGGAGAUUAUUAUUAUUAUUAUAAUCCCAAACAAUCGAGCAUGCCGAAUGGGUUGGAUGUUCCUCAAUCCGAUGGUGCCGACCCCAUCAACGCUUCCGAGCAAAAAUCAGCAGAGGCAGGUCUUAUUAUCAGCUUAAAAUCCCAGCUUGAGUUUCUUCGUCACAGAGUCGAGGAAUUGGAGGUUGAGAAUGCGAAGUUGUCAUCUCAAGUUUCAAAUUGCCGUUGCCGUCGUCCUGAGGUGAAGGGGAAUUUCAAUUGUGAUGUUGAUGAUGUUAGCUCGAUUGACAAAAGUAGGCGAUUUAAAGCAGGCGGUGAGAAGCACAAGAAGAAAAAAGCAGUAGAGAAAACGCCAGAGGGAUCCCAAUUUGAUGCUUGUCAAUAUGAUGCGAGACUGAAUGAGUUACUCUCAGCUGGUGGACAAGAAUAUUUCACCACAUAUGAUGACAUUUAUGACAGUUUUGAUUCUAUGGGAUUGCAGGAGAAUCUCCUGAGGGGCAUAUAUGCAUAUGGUUUUGUGAAGCCUUCUGCAGUUCAGCAAAGGGGGAUUGUUCCUUUCUGUAAGGGACUUGAUUUAAUUCAACAGGCACAAUCUGGUACUGGAAAAACAGCGAUAUUCUGCUCCGGUAUAUUGCAGCAACUUGAUUAUGGGAUGUUCGAAUGCCAGGCAUUAGUUCUUGCACCCACUCGAGAUCUUGUACAACAAAUUGAGAAAGUAAUGCGAGCACUAGGUUCUUAUUUUGGCGUGCAAGUUCACGCUUGUGUAGGUGGCACCAGUGUCCAUGAAGAUAAACGCAUUCUGUCAAGUGGGAUUCAUGUUGUUGUUGGUACUCCUGGUCGUGUGUUUGACAUGUUGCGAAGACGAUCACUUAGUUCUGUGCACAUUAGGAUGUUUGUGUUGGAUGAAGCAGAUGAAUUGCUUUCAAGAGGCUUCAAGCGUCAGGUCGAUGAUAUUGCCCAGUUACUGCCAUCAAAGGUUCAGGUUGGGGUAUUCUCUGCCACAAUGCCACCUGAGGCCCUUGAGUUAACAAAAAAUUUUAUGAACAGACCUGUGAGGAUUUUGGUUAAGCAUGACGAGCUCAUCCUUGAGAAUAUAAAGCAAUUUCAUGUCAAUGUCAAAAAAGAGGAAUGCAAGUUUGAGACACUUUGUGAUCUCUAUGAGAUUUUAUCUGCUAACCAUAGUAUCAUCUUUGCAAACACUCGGCGCAAGGUUGAUUGGCUAAAAGACCAGAUACGCACUCGUGAUUGCACUGUCUCUGCCAUCCAUGAAGAUAUGAACCAGAACGCGAGAGAUGUCAUCAUGCAAGAAUUCAAGUCUGGUUCAUCUCGUGUGCUCAUUACUACUGAUCUCUUGGCCCGUGGUAUUGAUCUUCAGCAGGUUUCUCUCGUGAUAAACUAUGAUCUUCCAAUUCGACCUGACAACUACCUUCACCGAAUUGGACGUAGUGGACGGUUUGGAAGAAAGGGUGUUGCCAUCAAUUUUGUGACCAGUGACGAUGAGAGCAUGCUGAUUAAUAUCCAGAAAUUUUAUAAUUUUGUAAUUGAGGAGUUGUCAUUGAAUGUUGCUGGUCUUCUUCAAUGCAGUUCUCAUUUGGAGAGGUAAUGGUGUUUUCUUUAGGUAGUUGACUUUCACAUAUCAUUUAUGCCUGGAUUCAGCUGACUUUAGUAUUGGAAGACAUGGGUCUUUUGCUCACUGCAGCUGCAAUAGGUAUCCACGGAGCGUGCCUGUUUUUUGCACUCCACGUUGUCUUUAAAAACUUUGAAAGUUUGAGACAUCGGUUAUUGUGAUCUAGUUUGGAUUGUAGCUUUAAAAUGAUUUGUUUAGUCUGUCAAGCUUCCUCUACUAUUGGCUUCAUUGAUAUUUUACUUUUUAACCACUGGUUUUACACAGAAUGUACAUGAGGUUGGGCUGUCAA